CUGAAAUCAAUCCUCAAAUUCAAAACCGUCUCAAAACAAUGGAAAUCAAUACUGGAAUCGAGAAUGUUCGCGGAGAGGCGUAUGAAUGUUCAAAAGAAGCUGAAAAUUAUGGCCGCCAGAGACCGGAACCGGUUCCGACCGCUAUUCGAAGGGGACGAAGAGGUCGAUAUGCUCUAUCUAAACUGCAAUGUCGCCUCACGACCGUCUUUAUCAUGUGACGGUCUGGUUUGCAUCCCCAUACCUGGCUGGAUCAACGUUUUAAACCCUUCCACUGGAGAAUUCCUUAGAUUCUCUUCUGGUCGAGAUCCACGGUUAAUCAACGACUUCGAAUGCGUCGAUUCUAAGUUUGAUGUUUUCCCUGGAUUUUGGACGAUGGGAUUCGGUAGGGACAACGUUAAUGGGAGCUAUAAAAUAGUGAGAAUGUUGUUUGAUCGUCAUUUCGAGAACCGCUAUUGCCAGAUUCUAGAUGUUAAUAUUGGGGAAUGGCGAAAACAAAGACAGCCUCCUUACUUUGUGGGAUAUAGAGAGAAGUCCGCUUGUGUGAAUGGGUCCAUCUACUGGUCACAAGCACUCAUUCGUUGCAAAUUACUAGCUUUUGAUCUUUACUCGGAAGAAUUUCGUGAUGUCCCAACACCGCCUCGAUCCGAAAUAUGCGAAAGGUCAUGCCAAAUAGUGAAUCUUGAAGACCGUCUAGUCUUAGCCGUAACCUAUACUACGAGUCUUCAUUGGAAUGUUAAGAUAUGGAGCAUGGAUGCACACGAUGGAACACGGAGCAUUACUUACUCCAUACGUUUAUUCUCUAAAGAUAUGAACUCUAGUAUUAUGAACCAUUUCCAAUUGUGGUUUUGGACUAGGCCACUGGCGGUUUCUAAGCGAGGGAAUCUUUUCUUCCAUGAUAAUGAGAAGAGGUUAUAGAAAUAUUAUACAAAGACUGACGAGGUUCGUAUCCUCGAGAGAGACAUAUGUGUUAUUUCUCCUUUUAUUGAGAAUUUGCUCCCACUUCGACGUCCAGAUUCUGUUACCAAGAUAAGGACAUACGGAUUUCAGUUUCUUGAUCACGCGCCGAGAUCCCGGAUAUCCAAUUUUCUAAAACGACUCGAAAACCAAAAUAAUUUGCUUACCACCGCUGCUGCUGCUGUGGCUCUUGCGACUCUUGUAUAUUUUAUACAUUAGGAUUUCGGUAUCUAGAUCUCACUUGGCGAGCUAGUUCUUGAUAUUACUAGUUUAUUGGGACAAUACUUCAAAAUUUAUUGUUCGUUUACGGAUUGACCAAGUAAAAAUAUUGCUUUGCUUGUUGUGUAUAACUGUG